GUUCUCUUUGUCUUUCAUUCACUUUCACCUCAGUGACGACUAAGCAUGAUCCUCCUACUUUCUUUUAAUCUUUCUCUUCUCCUUUUCUCCUCAUCUUUUACAUAUUCCCUACCUGCCAAUACUUUUUCAAUAUUUAACAGUAUCAACGCAUAUUCACAAUUCUACGUCACAGGGAUCAUAAUUCAGCUAGUGGUCCUAUUGAGUCUCAAGUCAAGUGAAAAAAGGAGCAUCAGAAUGGGACCUGAAAGCGACUCAGAUGACGAGCAAGUCAGCAUUGACUAUGCCGCUAUUCUAGGUGAGAAACACAACCUCCACCCCCCCCAAAAACCCUUUCUCAGACGGACCCUAAUAUAGCCACAUGAAAGGAGAGAAUAUAACAAAUACAGCAGAGGAUACAAGGGGUAAAAAAGAUGGCAAGAUAAAAGCACCAACACAGAAGCAACUGAUGAAUGAUCUUAAACUUGGAAGUAAG